AUGAGCAAGCUGUUACCAUGUCACCGCCAUUUAGCUGAACUGCAGCAAAUACUUUUCCUCACGACUCUCGGCUUCGAUGUGGCUGACUUUCCACUCUCGGAACCGUUCAACUUUGCGCGGUUGCGAUCGUUUGUUCAGACCAUGCCGAUCAGAUCAAUUAUACCCGAAAUGUUACCUGUCCUGAUCGCCUUGUGGCAAGACGAACAGCCUGACCAUUCUCACUCAACUCAGUCCGCUCCCUCCUCAAGACGACCAAGUACAAACGAAUUAGAAGCUCCUGGCUCCGGCUCGGCCAAGGAUGGACACGGUAUGGAAGUAUGUCGCGUAAAUGAGCAAUUUAUUCGAUUGUUUGGGGAACUGUACGUGGAGAAUCCAAUGCUGAAAGAGGCGUGCUGCCGCCAUGACAUUAUUGACACCAUGAUGGAAAUACUUUAUCCGGCCGUGUGCGAUACCGCCCCAUUAACGGCUGAAGAAGAAUUGUCGCUCAAGCCGGAUCCUCCCUUUGGAGAUGCGGAUUUGUCUAUGACCGAUGCUGCUCUCAUACAAGAUGUAGACGAAUUGAUAGCGCCCGAUAACGCGGUCAGCAGUAUCCUCAAGCGUGGAGCAACCACCUCUCUUAUGACAAAAACAUCACCCCAUAUUAGCAAAAGUUCCAGAGUCAUGCAGUCCAGGCUCCGGUCGGCUUCUUGGAGUAGUAACCAUCCAGGAAUGAGCAUGUUUUCCCUAAAAGACCCUGCCAUGGAGGCCAUACUCCAUUUCUUGGUGGACAUAAGCGUACAAUCUGUUAUUGAUUCCAGCAAUAAGUGUAUGACCGUCCUGGGACUAGUGCUAUCGUCGUUUCCGCCCAGCACACAGGAGGAUCAAAUUCGAUUUGAAAGCUUCCUUUUGACCCAUAUCUCUCAGCAAUUGAAAAGCACGCUGCAGUUGGAAGCCGAGCUUUUAACGGAUCACAAAAUCUUGACGAAUGUAGCAAAGUUUGGGCAAAUGGCUGCAGAUGCAGUAUUCCAAGGUCGCUUUCUCAACGGUGCUGAACAAACGUACGAUUUGCUCGCGAUGAUUCUCGAAGCAUUGCACAGUCCCAGCUUGCUCAAACGAUACGGUACCAAUGAUACCAACGUUCACCUUUUGUACCAUUCGUUCAAUCGCAUGGUUCUCUUGAAGUUAUCCGAUCUGGAAUCCUCCGACAUGGCGACUCAACGCAUCGACGCCUUUUUGAACUAUUGUAUUCAUCAUCAAAAGAUCAUCCUGAGCAGCAAAAAUACCGACACGGAGUUUUUACGUUGCUUCUGCUAUCACAUCUACCAGUUCCUGUUAUGUAACGAUGACAAAGUGAAGAUCGGCGCGGUGAAUAUAUGGAAACUGUUUCUCCUGCAAAAACCAAAUGCCAUCUCGGCUUUGUUUAAAACGCGCGUUCGAGGUCUCGAAAAUGACGAGCUUGCCGAUGGAUUCAAGCAAAUGCUCGAAACCGAUCUGGAUUCCUUCAUGGUUUGGUUGUAUUCCCGUAAAGUGGAGCUGAAUAUCUUGUUCAAGGAGCAUGUUUACAAGACAUGGGACCAUAUGAUUACGCAGGAAAAUAAGCACAGCCGAGAAUCGUAUAAAAACUACCAGACAAAGCGCAUGAAUAAGCUACGAAAGCUGCAGAAGCGACAGACUUUUACAAAAGAUGUCAUGGACGACUACCACGUCAAGACACAGGCCUGGUCUGACAGUAUCCAGCAAGUUGAAAUAAGUCGCUUCACCAAAGCGUUGCAGGACAACGAUGGACACGAAAACUUUAUUCGCAGUGAAUGGAGCCGCCUCGUGACGGACCUCACAAGAGAGCGUGCUCUCUGGGGUUAUAAUUUGCAACCGGAUGCUAGGUGGCAACUCGAUUACACAGAAGGCCGUCAUCGAAUGCGCAAGAAGCUACAGCGUAUCAUUAACGCUCCUACCUCGGCACCUUAUCUUCCCAAACAAACUGUUGCGUCAAAACCUCUGGAUGUAUUUGUAGACACUGUGAUGAAAAACAAGACAGCAGCUGAAGUUGACAAGGAAUUAACAAGCAGCCCGCGACCCAGAGGUCGCUCCGGGACCAUUUCGAAUCAUGGAGACGAUUCAGCAACCGAACCUUCUAGAGACAACGGCGAAAAAGCAGAAGAAGAGGACAUUGAUGAAUUUUCUUACGAAGAAGACAAAAAUCGCAAAGUGCUGCGCUUACUGGAUCAAGGAGACAUGGUGUUGGAAGUAUACAAUAUCAGUCAAAUUGCUGGAUUGGAUGCACGCGAGGGUCUACUGCUUCUUUGCAAGAACAAUAUCUACCUCAUUGAUAACUUUUUCCAGCGUUCCGACGGCGAAGUGGUCGAAAUCUGGGAUGUGCCAAAGGAAGAGCGAGAUCAAUAUUUGUUGCUUUUGGCGGCAGCAGCAGGCAUCGAAACUGAGCCUUGUGUGAACUCGUCAGGAGACUUGCAUGCAUGUCGUAAAUGGCCUCAAAAUGAUCUCAAAGAAGUCUAUAAACGGCGCUUCUUAUUCAGGGAUGUUGCGUUGGAAUUAUUUUUUGGCGAUGGACAAAUUGCACUGAUUACCGUGGAACGCCACGAACGUGAUGAGUUGUAUGCGAAACUGGCGAGUCGUGUGAGCACGCACGAGGAUCCGACGGUGUCCAUUAUUGGCGGCGCAGAUACAGAUAACUUGUCCAGCAGCACCUUCAAAUUCACGAGCAUCUUUGGAAGCUCCACCCUGCAUGAUCUUACCCAAAAGUGGGAACGCCGUGAAAUCACCAAUUUUCAAUAUUUGAUGUAUCUAAAUGCGAUUGCUGGACGAUCGUACAAUGAUUUAACACAAUAUCCUGUCUUUCCUUGGAUCCUCGCAGAUUAUGAGAGUGAAGAACUUGACCUUGGCAAGCCCGAGACAUUUAGAGAUCUAACCAAACCUAUGGGUGCUCAAACAGCUGAAAGAAGAGAGGAAUUUGCGGACAGAUAUCGCCAAUGGGGUGAAACCAAUGAUCCUGCACCGGCUUUCCAUUACGGCACCCAUUAUUCCUCUGCGAUGAUUGUUUGUUCUUUCCUGAUCCGCCUUGAACCAUUCACACAGCACUAUCUCAAGCUGCAGGGUGGUACCUUUGACCAUGCCGAUCGUUUAUUUGAUUCUAUUGGAAAAGCAUGGGAAUCAGCUUCUGAGAAAAACAUGGGCGACGUCCGAGAACUUAUUCCAGAGUUCUUUUACCUUCCCGAGUUUCUCGAUAAUGUGAACAAAUUCAACUUUGGUGUGAAACAAGGAACAGGUGAAGCGAUCGACUCUGUUGUGUUACCUAAAUGGGCGCAUGGUGACUCAAAGAUAUUCAUUGAAAAACACCGAGAGGCAUUGGAGAGCGAAUAUGUCAGUACUCAUUUGCAUCAUUGGAUCGAUCUGAUUUUCGGCUACAAGCAGCAAGGGCAAGCAGCUAUUGAUGCGUUAAACGUUUUCCAUCAUGUUUCUUAUGAAGGCGCCGUGGACUUGGAUGCUAUCACCGAUGUGGUUGAAAAAACAGCAACUAUUGGCAUCAUUAACAACUUUGGUCAGACACCACGUCAACUGUUCAGAAAACCGCAUCCUGCCAGGGCUCCUGUGGUCAAUGAUCCAGCCACGUUGGGCCAUUAUCCAUUCCCUGAACAUUACGAUAAACUAAUACAAUCUAUUAUACCUAUACGCGUGUUUGUUCCACCUGAUGGCGGACGUUAUAUCGAAUGGGGUUUCUCGGACAACAGCCUGCGAUUGUUCUCGACUGAUACAGGAAAGGUAACUUUCUCUCGCGAUACCUACUUUAUUGGUAUGGUAUACUCAUUUCAUCGUAAUAGUUGUUGA